UGAACACUAGAACGAAACAAACACAUGAAUAAACACAUAUUAUGAUCAAAACUGUCUGUUUGUAUCAAAUUAUGUUAAUUUUCUCCUCAGAACUCAUACGCUUAUCAUUAGCCUGUUAGCAGCUAAACACAAAACAGCGCGUCGGUUCUGUCGUCUGAUCAAUUCAUCAGAUUUAUUCUCAAAAAUCUUCUGAAACAUCUGAUGUUGUCUGAUUUUGUUACUGUAUAUAUGUUAAUAUAGCGUGUAUCUGCUGCGGUAGAUCAGACAUUAAGUGUGAAUUCAAUUCAAUUGUGUGUUAGCUGAAGCUAAAGCUAAGCACGUCAGACAUCAGUUCGGCAGCUUCUCAAAAAAUGGAUCUAUUUGACGAUCUACCAGAACCUACAAACGAUCCAGGUCCAGUUAAACCUAAAGCGUUAGAGGAGAGCCUGGAGCAGAAUGGAGAUCGAGGAGAGAAGAGGAAAAGAGAUCAAGGGAGCUCAGAGGAGACGCAGGUGGAAGAACAAAAUCAGGAGACAAAGAAAGUUUGUAAAGCAGAUCUUGUAAAGCUGAUGGGGUUUGUUGCAGCGAGACGUGGAGAGAGAGAGGAGAUGCAGGACGCACACAUGAUCCUACCAGACAUGACAACAAGUGUCACGAAUCUCCCCUCACAAGUCUCUCGGCUUGCGUACUUCGCUGUGUUUGAUGGUCACGGUGGAGCUCGGGCAUCUCAAUUUGCUGCAGAAAAUCUUCAUCACACACUGGCCAGCAAAUUUCCCAAAGGUGACGUUGAGAAUUUGGAGAAGCUGGUGAAGAAGUGUUUGCUGGACUCCUUUCGUCAAACGGAUGAAGAUUUCCUGAAGAAAGCAUCCAGCCAGAAACCUGCGUGGAAGGACGGCUCCACAGCUACAUGUAUGUUGGUGGUUGAUGAUGUUCUUUAUGUAGCAAACCUGGGAGACAGUAGAGCUGUGAUGUGUCGUGUGGAGCAGGCAGAGGAUUCUGGGAAGAGGAAAUGUGUGACUCUGGCUCUCAGUAAAGAGCACAACCCCACCAUAUAUGAGGAGCGCAUGAGGAUUCAAAGAGCGGGUGGCACAGUCAGGGACGGACGAGUGCUUGGUGUACUGGAGGUCUCUCGAUCUAUUGGUGAUGGUCAGUAUAAAAGGUGUGGGGUGAUUUCCACUCCUGACUUACGACGCUGUCAACUUAGUCGAAAUGACAAAUUUGUUCUCUUGGCAUGUGAUGGGCUUUUUAAGGUCUUUUCUGCGGAGGAGGCCAUUCAGUUUGUGCUUAACAUUAUAGAGAACGAGACGGUGGAGAUUAAAGAGGGUCAGACCGAACAAGCGGCGCGAUUUGAGGGUGCAUGCCAGCGAUUGGCUAGUGAAGCAGUGAGGCGGGGCUCUGCAGACAACGUCACUGUUAUUCUCGUUUCCUUUGAGUUCUGAAGUUGUGCACACACAUUUACACAACAUGCAAAUACACAAACAUACUUUAUUUCAGCCCCUUUUCUGUAUGCACACUGAUUUACAUGAAUGCAUGAAUUCAGAGAUUGAAAUAAUAUUGAUGAUGAAGUGGUUUACUGUGGAGAUGUUUGAAUCUCAACUUGAAUUUUUUUUCAAAGCAGGACUUUUGAAAAACACUGUGUCAGGUUUCAGUUUUUGUGCUUUUUGGCAUCAAAACAUCAUAAUAAACUUUUAUACUGUCUCACAA